UUGCUACAAGAAAUAAUGUUUCAUUACCAAAAUAUAGUUAAAAUAUGUUAUUCAUUUGUGCUUUUACAUGGAAUCACCUUUAAAAACAUUCUCAAAUGGUAUUGGGUUCCAUAUGGCAGUCUGUGUUGGUCCGUUGUUUCUUCUGUACACAAGUUUACCUACCCAAUAUGGCGGCGUCGCUGACGUUGUUUUUCUUUUUUUUCUACUUUUAUUGAACAUUAUAAGACGUAUGCAGAACAACAAUAUACUCACAAGUCAUCAAGAAAAUAAGUCAACACACAAGUCAUAAUACCAACAGAAUGUCAGGAUACAUAAAUCAGUAUUUACACAUAGCAAUUUUUCAAGGAGGUGACGUCGCUGACGUUUCAAUGACUGUUAACGCCAUGACGUACGUCAAACUGCUCACACAAGCAUAUUCGUCACUUAAAAAUGGAACAUAAAAAUGGUUUGACUCGGCUUUUUUAUUAUUUUUAACCCCCAACCCUUUGUUUUGUAUACACGUAAUAUUUAAACAGUUUUUGGGUGUUUUAAAGAAGACAAACGAACGUAGAAACUAGAGAUUGAUCAGCUUUCGGGUUUUGUCAGAUUCGUCAACAAAACGUCACUUCCGGUUUGAGCUGGCGGGCUGAAUGAAGGCAAGGAAGACGCGCUUCAACUAAAGCUGAAAUUGUUUUUAAUUUGAAAAUAAGGGUAACGCGUUGGGUACACUUACGUUAUCUUCUUCGGACACAUUUGUGUUUAGCUGUUGUCACUGCGGCUGUCAGUGUUUAUAAAUCAGCCGUUAAUGCUUGCUGGAUAAAAUCCGACAUUUAGUUUCAUAUUUACUCUGGAAAUGGAGCGACCAUCCAGGAAGACAAAGGUUGUGAACUACUGUGAAAACAAAGACUUUGAUGAUGAUGAGGAUUUCGCCUGUUCGAAAGCACCGCCCAGCAAAAAGCCCAGAGAGGAAAUGAGACAUGAACAGAAGAAGUCUUCAGACAGGUCCUCCAGCCAAGAGACAAACCCAAAAUCAGUGCAGAGCGAGAAGAGCAGACCGCUGGAUGAAAUGUUGUAUGAAAGAGACCUUGAAGCAGCCGUCACGCUUUCUUUGCUCAAUAAUUCAGACGGACUAAACCAGUCUCCCUCCACUGAUGUUAAACUUGAAAGCCCAGUCGAUGAAAACACAGAUCCAGCUUCUUUGCUCUUGUCCAACUGCAGUGUGGAUGGAGCAGUUUUAGGCCUCGAUGAAAUCACAUCAGAGACAGGAUCCCUGGCUGCUGCCAGACAUAGAAAGGCCUCGACUAAAGCUCCUGAGGUGCAUAGAAAAAAGGAUGAAGACUACAGACCCAAUUUGACACCAGAUUCAGAGAGUGAUGAAGAUUUCAGUGAGCCUGCCGAGAGUGAGGAUGAGGAGUUUACAGUGAAGAAAGGCAGCAAAGCGAAAAGGAAAGAGAAAGUGACGAAGAAAGACAAAGCCAAGCCAAGUCCUGCUUCCAGAAAAGAAAAGAAACAAUCAAAACCUUCACACUCUAAACCACAUCCGGCAGUUUCCACCCUGGGGAGAAGCCCUCCAGCAGCCAAACUGGCUCCCAGUAGGCCAGCUUCAUUCAGCACAGCUUCCAAUGUGAAGCCUGUGAGCUCUCUGAGCCCAGCAGGGGGCAGAAUACCCAAGUGGAACCCACCAGCUCAGAUUGGUAAAAGUCCUACCUCAUCCCAGAGUCCGACUGUGACGUCUCCCAGUGCCGGUCUGAGGCUGGGACUGUCCCGCCUCGUCCGGGUCAAACCUCUCCACCCGAGCGUAGCUAGUCACUAACAGAUAAUCUGUCGCUGCUUGUGUGUGUGUGUGUGUGUGUGCCAGUGAGUGCUCAUUGUUGUAUAAUUUUAAUCAGAUCCUCAGAUGUAUUAAGGUCUAUGUCAACCCAAACCUGAUGAUUUCAUGAGCAGAUCUUUUACCUUGAGCUCACGGCUGAUUAGCAGUUUAUCGUCUGUCUCAUGUGUGUUUUGUUUUUAAUUGUAACAAGUUCAGAAAUAAUCUUUUCUUUGGUUUGUUUAGAUUUCAUUGUAUCCUUGUUUUUCUUACAUCUUUCUUUUUGAAACCAUUUUCCUCCUCUUUAUAUAAUGCUUGUAUAUUCUGUACAUAAACAUAAAAUAAAGUUCAAAAGCAUUUAUUGCAGAUAUUUCCACACUAAGUCUUGGAUACAACUGCACACAUCAUAAAUACUAACAAGUAAAAUUCCUGCUUUGAAGCUGUUGCAUGUGAGGAAGAGGAUAAAUGUGUUUAAGAGCUUGUACUGAAAAACAAUGAAAAAUAAACUUUUAUUUUGCUGUUAGAGGUCACUGGA